AUGGAUGAAAGAACUUCAAGCAAGUUGAAAAUUGACAUGGCUUUGCAGGCUCAGUCGACUAAGAAAGACAAAGGAAAAAGGAAUGGUAACAAAGGUAUAGGAAGUUACAAAAAUUCGACAGGUGUUGGUGAUGUUCUGAUUAGGAGAAAGGAUGGUAAACAAUCAGUAGUUUCCAAUGUGUUAGAUGAGUGGUUAUGGCAUUAUCGAAUUGGUUACUUGAACUUUAAUGACAUUAGUAAUUCGAAGAGGAAGAACAUGGUUGCAGUCCUAUCGAAAAUCCAUAUUCGAGAAGAAAUAUGUGAAGAAUGUGUUCAAGAAAAGCAACACAAGAAUAACUUGAACAAGGAUGCAAGAAGCAAAAAGUUGUGGACCUACUUAAUCAAGAAGAAAAGAGAUGUGAUUGAUGUUUUCACCAAGUUAAAAGUAAUGGUUGAAAGACAGAGUGGUCAUAAGAUUAAGGUUCUGAGGAAAGAUGAAGGUGGAGAUGCAAGAAAUAGUGAAAAAGGAACAAAGAACGUGAUUGCUCGGAAAUCUUCACAACCCACAACGGCUUCAUCAUUCUUCUUUACCGUUUUCUAUACUCUCUUUUACGCUGCUUUGGAUAUUAAAGUUGAUUCAUUCGUUGUUGUUCUUACUUUUCUUUGCUGGGUUUCUUCUAGUUUCAUCGUUAAUUCCAUCAGUUUCGAACUCGCUUGGAAGUCCCUUAAAGAUUUCGCUAUUUCGGUUGGUACAGCUGAUUGCGACCAUGAUUGUGGUCGUGGCAGUCACAAUUCUAGCAGUGUUGUCAAUAAAGAUGAAUCUACUCCCAUUGUUAUUUUGAUUCCUGGUUUAACAAGUGAUUCUUCAGCUCCUUAUCUCAAACACCUUGCAUAUCAUACAGCAAAACGUGGAUGGAAAAUUGUUGUCAGUAAUCAUCGAGGACUUGGAGGUGUUCCAAUCACGUCUGAUAUUUUCUACAAUUCUGGAUGGACUGAGGAUACUCGCACAGUUGUUAAUUACGUCCACAAAGAGAAUCCCAAGGCACCUUUGUUUAUUGUUGGAAAUAGCGUUGGAGCUAAUAUUCUGGUAAAAUAUCUUGGCGAGGAAGGUGAGAACACUCUUGUAGCUGGAGUUGUAGCUGUUUGCUCUCCUUGGGACCUUUUGAUAACUGAUAGAUUUAUAACUCGUGCUCCUGUGCAAAAGUUUUAUGACAAAGCACUAACAGGCGGCCUUCAAGAUUAUGCAAAAUUACACCAGCCUCUCUUUUCUCGGCUUGGUAAUUGGGAAGGGAUAAUGAAGGCACUUUCUAUUCGAGAUUUCGAUGACCACGCCACUCGAUUGUUUGCAAAGUAUGAGACUGUUGAUACGUACUAUAGACGUUGCAGCAGUACUCCUUAUGUGAAAUCUGUAUCAAUUCCGCUUCUCUGUAUUAGUGCUCUGGAUGAUCCCGUCUGUACCAAGGAAGCCAUUCCAUGGGACGAAUGCAGGUUAAAUAAAAAUAUUGUGUUGGCCACUGUAAAGCAUGGAGGACAUUUGGCUUUCUUUGAAGGAAUAACUGCAUCUAGCCUGUGGUGGGUAAGAGCUGCUAAUGAAUUUCUUGAUGUACUACACUCUAGCCAUUAUAUGCAUCAACAGAAGAAGAUUUCUAAACCAAACGCACCAUUAGACUCUUCAAUCGAUCAGAGCCCUUAUAUCAAUGUUACCGAAGAUGGAUUGGUGGCUGGACUGAACAAUGAACCAACAACAGAAAUCCAGAAGAAAAACAAGUAAUACAGGAGAAUAUAUUCUUGUAUGACU